CCGUGGGGCUCCUCUGCCCCGACCGCCCUGGGCACCCUUUUCUGCGGCGGCACAGGGAGCAACGAGCGCCACCCUUCCCCGGUCCAGGCUGCGCUUCCCGCCGCACUGCAGAUGGCUUAUCCCGUGCCGGCCGCGUGUUAUGUGGUGCUUGCCACGGCUCUGGUAGUUUAUGCUCAGAGGCACAGCCAGCCGGAAUCCCACGUCCACUACGCGCAGCUGGGGAGCAACGUGACGGUCCCGUGCGGGUCCGUGGACCAGGACGCACCGGUCACGUGGACGGCCAACAGCACUGACCUGGAUGCGUCGCUGCUCAACGGCUCCCGCCUCGUGCUGCAGAGUGUGGACCUCUCCCACAGCGGCCAGUACUCCUGCUACGAGGGCUCUUCGUGGCACCUCAAGUACCGGGUCAACCUCAAAGUGGGACUGCCGCCCAAGGAGCCCGUCCUGAUGUGCCGGUCCAACAACUACCCCAACGGGUUCUACUGCAGCUGGCACCUGCCCAGCCCGACCUACAUCCCCGACACCUUCAACAUCACCGUGAUGCACGACUCCAAGGAGAUCACGUGCGAGAAGGAGGCGGCCCCCAAGAACCGGUGCUACAUCCGGUACCUCCACCUCUUCUCGUCCAAGAAGUACAAGGUGACGCUGACGGUGGCGAACGCGCUCGGCAGCAACUCCACCACCAUCUCCUUCGACGAGUUCGCCAUCGUAAAGCCGGACCCUCCGGAGAACGUGGUGGCCAAGCCCAUCUCCAGCAACGCCCGGAGACUGCUGGUGACGUGGCAGUACCCGUCCUCGUGGCCCGACCCGGACUCCUUCCCCCUCAAGUUCUUCCUGAGGUACCGGCCACUCAUCAUUGACCAGUGGCAGCACGUGGAGCUGACGGACGGGACGUCCCACAUCAUCACGGACGCCUACGCCGGCAAGGAGUACAUCAUCCAGGUGGCCGCCAAGGACAACGAGAUCGGCACGUGGAGCGACUGGAGCGUGGCCGUCCACGCCACCCCCUGGACUGAGGAGCCCAAGCACCUCACCACAGAAGCCCAGGGAGCAGAGACCACCACGGCCAGCACCUCGGCGUUCGUGGUGCCCCCCACCACCCGGAUUGACAGCUCCGACGAGGCAGGCAGUGACGGAGCCGCGGCGCUCUCGGUGCUGCUGGGCCUGCUGCUGGGCCUGUGCGGCAUCCACCUUAUUUAACGCGGCCUCGGAGCCCACCGUGGAGGUCACCAACUCGCCGGAACGUCUGUCUUUGCUUCUGUUUUGCACAUGGUUGGAAGGACGUUGUCACGUUUCUCUUCAUUGGUUCACUUCCGGGAAGGACGAGUCCUGUAAACACAGAGGCCCCCCGGCCGUCCCCACGCACCCGCCGCCCUCCCCGUUCCUCCACCUUCCCCGCAUCGAAAGCUGGACCGAGGAACCGUCGAAGGACGAGGAAAGGCCCUCGCACAAAGCAGAAGGACACGGACCGACCAGGGCGCAGGCGGGGAGACGGCAGGCGUCCCACCGGAGCCCGGCGGGGGCAGUGGGAGCGCCCUCUGGCCUGGCCGUGGGGCUCGGACCACACAGCCCAGCCACCAUGCCAAAGAUGCUGCCCCAGCCCACUCCGCGCCCGCGGUGCCCGGCGGCCAGAGGUGGGCACGUGCCGGGCGGGACGGCAGGGCGGGGCAGCCUGAGCCUCGGCCCCAUGGAGGGGGCAGCCCACGACGCCCCCCCCCCGCCACUGCUGCUGCUACACCCCCCGACUGUGCCCUCUGCCAGCACAGCAAGGACAAGGGACGGGGCCCCCGGCGUGCCGCUGCAGCCCCCACAGGCCAGGGAGCCGCCGGGCGGCUGCGCACCAAGAGCGGGACGGGUGGCCCUCGCCUUUUUCAAGACGCCGCCUGCGCCCGGACUUCACAGCUUCCCUUGCCUCCCGGACUGAAGCGAGGGGUGGUCCUGGCAGCCGCCCCCUCUCCGUAGCCGUGCCAGCGCCGAGCAGCCGGGGGACCGCGGCGGUUGGUGCCGGCCGCCCUUGCGGAGGGCGUGGGGUGGCCGGGAGGGACCGCAGCCAUGCCGGCCGGCCUGCCCGCCUCCCCUCCGGUCCUCGCCCCCUGCCCCGGUCCUGUUUUGUAGCGCCCGGUCCCCUUUCCCCGUCCCCCUGGUUCAAAGUGCAGUCUUUAAUACCGUGCGUCCUAUUAUUCCAAAUGAUAAAUACGCUGUAUUUGAACUUUUUAUAGAUGUAUAUACAAAAUUUUAAAAUCUGUCUCUCUCUCUCUCACACACACACACUCUGAGGAGAAAAAAACAGAGGGUAAGGCUGCUCAUUAAAUGUGACCAUUUCAUUA